AACAACACACCGCUAGCCAGUUCGAAGGGGAGCGGGCUGUAUUUUUUCCCUGUUUAUUUGGACCACAUUAACAGGUACGCUGGAAUUUUCUGACACCCACUCGGACAUGUCCUAUGUCUUUAUCAACGACUCGUCGCAGACCAGCGUUCCACUUCUGCAGGCCUGCAUCGAUGGUGAUUUGCCCUUUGCCAAGCGUCUCCUUGAGACAGGAUGUGACCCAAACAUUCGUGACAAUCGCGGACGCACAGGCCUUCACCUAGCUGCUGCCCGUGGGAAUGUGGACAUCUGCCGCUUCCUGCACAAGUUUGGUGCUGACCUGCUGGCAACGGAUUACCAGGGAAACACUGCACUGCACCUCUGCGGUCAUGUGGACACCAUUCAGUUCCUGGUAUCCAAUGGGCUGAAAAUUGAUAUCUGCAACCACAAUGGGUCGACUCCCCUGGUGCUGGCAAAGAGGCGUGGGGUCAACAAGGACGCCAUACGCCUCCUGGAGGGCCUUGAGGAACAGGAGGUGAAGGGCUUUAACCGAGGAGCACACUCCAAGUUGGAGACCAUGCAGAUGGCUGAGAGCGAGAGGUGGCGUGGCAGUCUAUUCCGUUGCCUACCAACACGGGGAUCGGCGGUUCGAAUCCCCGUGUUGACCUCUGGCUUGGUCGGGCGUCCCUAUAGACACAAUUGGCCAUGUCUGCGGUUGGGAAGCCAGAUUGCGAUGGAGAGCCACUCUUUGCUGAACCCCAACCUGCAGAGCAGCGAGGGCGUCCUGUCUAGCUUUCGGACCACCUGGCAGGAGUUUGUGGAGGACCUGGGCUUCUGGAGGGUCCUGCUACUCCUGGUUGUCAUCGCGCUCCUCUCCCUGGGCAUCGCUUACUACGUCAGUGGGGUGCUGCCCUUCUCUGCCAGCCAGCUGGAGCUGGUGCACUGAGGGGGAGGAAGAAGGGUGGGUUAGGGCGGAAGUGGGG